AUGUCGGAGUUCAUGGCUGAUCUGGAGGGCAAAUGUCCUAAGACCACAAAGUUCAAUGAUUUUUUUGUAAAGCUGAAGGAUUACAUGGCCAGCUUCGAUUCGACAUCACCCCAGUCAAAAGAUAUCCAAGCCCAGCUGUCAAUAAAAUCUGAAAGCCUCUUCAGGGCUAUGUCUGCAUUCAGUGGAACAAAAGGCGGAACAUCAGAGGAUUCAUGGAGGCUGGUGGAUGGCUUGUUGUCACUUGGAAAGGGUUUGAUUGAGAUGAAUAAGAGCGGUUCCAAGGAUAUAACUUUUGAACAAAGAAAAGAACUGAUUCAGUCUUUGGUGAAAUGGACUCGAGGGAUCGGUGUAUUCGUGAAGAUGGCCUCUGAGAGUGAAGGACACCCUAUUGAUCUAUCAUCUUUUGGAAUCGAUUACGUACCUUCUCCUUCUAAAAGAUCUCUCUAUGAAACACAUGGAACCUUCUCAUUACCCCAAUACUUGAAAGAUUUGCCCCAAACAAGCAAAGAUUUUGAGUCUUUCGCUUGCAAUGGUAUGUUGGAUUUUAUGAGUAUCCUGGAGGCUAAGUGUCCUGGCACAGCAGAGUUCAAGGAUUUCUUUGCAAAGGUAGAGGACUACAUGACGACCUUCAAGUCCGGAUCAAAAGACAUCAAGGUCGAGAUGUCAGAUAAAUCUGAGAAGCUCUUCAGGGCUAUGUCUUUAUUGGAUGGUGGUAAAGCCGGAACAGUGGAAUCGUGGAGAAUGAUCGAUGGUAUGUUGUCAAUGGGAAAGCUUUUGGCUGAGGUGAAGCAGAAUGGUUCGAAAGAUUUAACUUUUGAUCAAAGGAAAGAAGUGAUCGGAACUAUGGUGAAAUGGGCUCGAGCUAUGGGUCUCUUCGUGAAGGUGGCCUCUGAGAAGAAAGGAAAAUCUAUUGACCUAUCAUCUUUUGGGAUUGAUUAUACUCAUUAUUAUUCAACUCUUCCUUUAAAAGGACCUAACGGCGAGCUCUAG